GGGGAGUGCGUAUAGGGGUGAGGAGGGUUUCCGUGGCCUGGUAAUGAUUAACAAGGGAAACUGGACUGCUGAUGUGCCUUCAGGCACUUAGUGCUGCUUGCCAGAGUCCCUGUGCAGCUAAUGCUGCUUUCUUGUGCCAAGUCAUUAGGAGAAGAAAGUAUCACAGAAGGUCACAAUCCCCAAAGUUACACAAUAGUCCUGACCACAUUAGACCUUCUGUUGCUGGAGUGGCUCUCCACAGAGAUUUUACCCGUUACUUAGCAGAUUCAUUACCAGCUAUGGUAGGGAGCCCAGCUUGGAGCAAAAGGUUGUCUGUCUCUGUCUGGGCUCCUUGAUCUUUAUCCUUAGACUUCUAAGACACUGAGAGGAUUGCAGAGUGUUUUUUUCAGUCUAGGGCUGGGAUGUGCUGACCUUAUCUGUACCUGUGUACCUUGGCAUUGCGAAGGAAUGACCUUGGGCUACUCACUGGGUGUCUUAGACCAAGGCAGAUCUGUCAGUUGGACUGUGGGGAAUCUGGGAGCCUAACAACAAUACAUCCCUGAGUUGUCUUUCUUUGCCUGCAAAGCCAUAAGCACCCUGCCUUGCCUCAUUCCUUUCCUUAAGUUACUUAUAAAUAAAAAUACUAUAUAACUUUUUACAUAUAAAUUGCAAAAGAGCAGUGACCCCCUGCAAUUAAGGGGAUGUAAUAAGAUUCCCUUAGGGAAGGGUGUGGGCAAAGUCAAUGAUGUAACAGCACUCGUUGCACAAUAGCAGUCUAAUUAUGGUGCAGUACAGGUGUGAGGGAUUUUGCAAUGCUAAUGCUGCUUAACAUGGGGAUUAGAAACCUUGUCGAUGCUAGGGAGCAAGGUUUGACUUUUUUGUUAAAAGCCAUAAUCUCUUCAAACAGCAAAUGUUAAGGUUCAAGUGUGGAAAAGCUUGUUUUCUUGAAGAGGAGUCUGACAUUGAACUCUCAAGAGUCCUCUCAGCCCAGCUGGAGUCAACAGGAGAUGUUUUCAAGUGUCAUCUGUAAAUGAGAUACUGCAAAAUGUGGUUCUGUGUUUCUUCCCCACGUCUUUAUGCUUGCACCAUGCCACUAACAAGGUCUGCUUUUAUAGGAGUGUCAGCUUGGAGAGGGGGAGCUCGGGCAUGUUUCACUACUUCAAGACAGGCUAGAGUAUUUGGGAGCGAUAUUCUCAGUCAUUCAGGAUAGUACCUAGGUACCCACGUUAUUAAAUAGAUGGCUUACUCCUGUAAGUCUUGCCUCUUCUAGAUUCCCAGGGUGGCUCUUGCUGUAGCAGUAAGUGCUUCGUAUUUAAUAAGUAUGCCUAAAACCUCAUUUUGUUAUGUCCAGGAUAGUUUGUAUGCAGCUGUCUUCAAUUCAUUUAAAUUAAACCUAACCAUUCUGUAACCUAGGAACAUGAUGGAGAUGUUCGUAGGUGGCAACUGAUGGAGAAUGUGUGGGUAACCUCAAUCUAGCUUUUGCUGGUGUCUUUCAUGGGAUUCAGCUUUGAAUGAUGCCAUGUGACUGGCUGGACUACAGGACUUCUAUCAACGAAUGUGUUCAACAUGGUUGUGGAAGUACCUCGAUGGACAAAUGCUAAAAUGGAGAUUGCCACAAAGGAUCCCUUAAACCCAAUUAAGCAAGAUGUGAAGAAAGGAAAACUGCGCUACGUAGCUAACGUGUUUCCCCACAAGGGUUAUAUCUGGAAUUACGGUGCUAUCCCACAGACUUGGGAAGACCCAGGUCACAAAGAUGAAAAUACUGGCUGCUGUGGAGAUAACGAUCCAAUUGAUGUGUGUGAAAUCGGAAGCAAGGUCUGCUCUCGAGGAGAAGUCAUCAAAGUGAAGGUGCUGGGCACACUGGCACUGAUUGAUGAGGGAGAGACAGACUGGAAGAUAAUUGCUAUCAAUGUUGAAGACCCUGAAGCAGACAACUAUAAUGAUAUCAAUGAUGUCAGAAGGAUGAAACCUGGAUACUUAGAAGCUACGGUGGACUGGUUCAGAAGAUACAAAGUACCUGAUGGAAAGCCAGAAAACCAGUUUGCUUUUAAUGGUGAAUUUAAAGACAGGGAUUUUGCUGUGAACGUCAUCAAAUGUACUCAUGAACACUGGAAAGCUUUAAUAGCAAAGAAAACUGACGGAGGGGAGAUCAACUGCACAAAUCUGACGGUGUCCGACAGCCCUUUCUGCUGUAGUCAAGAGUGUGCAAAAGCUACUGUGGAUGCAGCACCGCCAUGUAAAGCUGCUAACCCGAUCCCACCCGAAGGUGAGUCUCAAAACCCAUGGAUACAUUCCAAUGCUGAGUGGAGACUUCCUCAAAGGAAUUAUCAAUAAGAAAAUGGGGGUCUUAACUGAUAGCUAGGUAUGGCUCUAGCACUAGGAGAAAUGAAGGACCAGGAGAAAUUAAGGACCUUGUUAGACCUAACUUGUGUCAGUAAUACUGUUUGAUUCCUGAAUAACUUCUGUUGUUGCCUUACUUUCUUGUUUGGGUAUGCAAGGUGGGUAAAUGAGCAGUAAGUAGGAGACCUGCAGUGCCAUAGUUUGCUCCAGAAGGGAUUCAAGGCGUAGCAGGUCCUGCAAGAAGAGCACUGCAGAGGACUGAAGUGCAGUGAUAGCCAGAGAGGGAUUUUAGUUCCUCUGAAACAGGGGUUUCAUCAGUAUCCUCAGUGCAGGCAAGCCAAGGAAGGGAAUUACUCCUUACCCGCACAGAGCAGAGGCAGAAAUCAGUUGCAUGUUCGGUGCUUCAGUUGCCACUGGACCUGUUGAGCAGAGAUCUGUCACUGAACAACUGUCAGCUGCAAGCUGGUGACGAGCCUUUAGAGGCCUCGGGACUCGAUCCAUCGCACGGAGCAUGACUCUGUAAGAAAAGGACAGCUGUGGGAGGAAUCCGCGCUCAGCUGUCACCUUUUCCUUCCAUGCGAGGCAGCAAUGGGCACCUUGCACAUGAAAUCUGUAUGCUGCUGUAGCAGGGAUGAGACCCGAGGGCAAGCGUGAAGUAAUGGCAAUGUUGAGAACCCACAGCUGUGUGGCAGAAAGAGGAGCUAGGCUGUCAUCUCCAAUCUCUUCAUGGGUAAUAAAUCUGUGAAGAAAUUGAUGUCUUCUGCACGGGCACAGGAGUUGGAGGUAAAAUGACUUUACCUCUGAGUCAGCUGAGCCAGAGGGAAGCCGAGCUAGCCGUGGCUUGCUCUCCUCACCUGAACUGAGUCACGUGUAGGCUGAGCAAGGGUGACUUCUUCAGGAAAACAUGUACACAUGGCUGCACAAGAACCUGUUGGGUGUGUGGUGGUGGUGUUGACAG